AUGCAACCCCUAAAUCCAUUCCUCGCUGCCUUCUUCCGAAGCUCCCUGCCAUCCCAGUGUACGCCGGUACAUCACCACAUCCUCCUGGUCCCGACCACCGAGGUACUCCUCACAUGUCGCGAGAUCGAGAGUGGCUCGACCUUGCAUGAGGUCCUCACUUCGGAGGAGUUCCUAGCUAGCCAUGUUCUCCGCAUACCGGCAUCCAACACCGCUGCGGUGGCCGGAGGCAAGGAAGUGGCUCAAAACUUGCGGGAGCUGAGGGGCAAGGCAAAGCAGUAUCAGACCAUUAAUGGUCGCACAGUUGUCAUCAAAGACACUCAUGUCUACAGUAAUAAAGGCUUCAAGUCGCUCGCGCAGGCACAGUUGCUCCACGAUUCCACAUGGUAUCCCGACUUGCUCGAGCCCCGUCAAUGGCUAAUCUAUUAUAUUUCGCGGCCCCUGGUGGGGGUAUGGGAAGAAAUAAAGAUCGAGCCGGCGAUUCUGAUUGAAGGGAUAGCGAGGAGACGAGCGCUCGAGCAGAGCCGAUCAUCCGCCGCCGAGAACAACGAGGGCGCCAUGCUGCCGCGCAAAAAAGAUAUCAAGAGCUUCCACGACCUCCUCAACCACUUCCCCAUCAUUGCGCGACAGAUGCAGCCCGGAUUGGAGAAGCUGUUUCGAGAAUUCUCAACUGUCUUUGAGCGACCGCUUCCACCGCCCCCUUCCGCCUUCCGAAUACCUGACCCCGAGCCCGAUGGACCGAUCACCACGGCGAUGCGAAAGGCUAGGUCCAACAGCAUGUCUGCGGCCAGGCGACCGAACGGGGUACCCAACGGACUGCCUGUGACAGAAAAUUUCUAUGCCGAGGACGACGAAGAUGUGAUGAGGGCGUCGCUUGAGACUGCUGUAACUGCGGCGAUCGAUCUGUUCCAGGGCGUCGACAAGCAGCAACUUUCGAUGCUUGGGGCCACGACGGACUUGACAGGCCCACUUGUCGAAAGGCUCAUUGAGAGAUAUGUCUCGGAGAAUGUCCAUCACCUUCUUUUUCCGCGCCUCAGUGCGUCAAAACGACCAUACGAUCUUGAGCUGGAGGCCAAGAUUCGACAGAUGGAGUUUAUCGACCUGUCUCAGCUGGGAAUUGCUAUUGAAGGCGGCUCCCGGGGAAGCAUGAACUCACGAUCCAGCUCGGUCUAG